ACUGCCGCACAGUCAGGCGUCAGUACCUUGUAGGAAGUGCGCUGAUAGCUUUUUGCGUUCAAUAAAGCUCGCAACGCGACACAACUCGGCCGUUACCGUAGUCGAAAUCGCCCUGCCCAGCGAGCAAAAGCAGCCCCGACAUUCCUCCUCAAACGUACAAGGCGAACUAGUAGAUCACCACGGCAAAAAUGACGAAUCUCAGUGAUGUUUUGCCGACAUUGAAGCGCUUUGACAACGACGUGGAGGAGGUCUUGGCGAGCUCUGGCCAUGUAGCGAUGUAUACGAUGGUCGUGGAGUCGUCACAAUGGACCCGGCGAAACGUGGAGGGGUCCCUGUUCAUCCUGAAGCGGAAGAGCAGCCCUCGCUUCCGGCUCAUGGUGCUCAACAAACUCUCGACAGAGAACUAUUUUGAGGAUAUCCAUGCUGGCCUCGCCUUCGAGAAGAACCCGCCCUACCUUAUGUACACGCACGGGAACGCCGAGAUCAUCGGCGUUUGGUUCUACGAGCAGGGCGAUCUGUCGCGCGUGGAGGAGGUGCUGGAGCGCAUCAAGCAUCUGCAGCAGGCGCAUGAUGAGGAGCAGGCGCUGGCGGCGCAGGCCGCGCAGGGCCAAGCCGCUCCCCCGGCCGUGCCCCCCCAAACGCACACGCCGCCGCCGUCGCGGCCGGCGCCGGCAACGCCACCGAAGCCAGCCGGGCCCCCUGCGGCCAAGGGCGACGACGACGCGUUCUGGGAUAAGCCAGUCACCGCCAGUGCGCAGCAGGCCGCUGCGGCGCGCGCCGCCGCGACAGGUGCGCCGCCGCCCGCGCCCGCGGCUCCCGCAGGUGACGCUGCCGCCAGCAACCUAGCGAACCUGCUCCGGAACGCCACGCUCAAGGCCCAGGCGCCGCAGGCGCCGGCGCCGAAUGCGCCCGCCGGCCCCCUGCCCCCUAGCUUCUUCGCGCAGCAGCAGCAGGCCAGGCCGCAGGCCUCGCCGGUGCCCCCGUCGGCGCAGCAGCAGCCCCCGCACGCGAUGCACACCCUGCCUGUGCACGCGCCGCAACCCUCGCCCGCGCCGCCGCACAUCGUUCCCAGCCCGCACGCAGCACAGCCGCAGCCGCCGGCACAGCAGAUGGGCGGCGCGCUCGCCAAGCUGUUCGCUAACGCGCACAAAGCGCCGGCGCCGGCGUCGCCCGCCGCGCCACCGCCGUCGGGGCCUGUUCGCGCCCCACACGCCACGCCCCCGCCCGCAGCCGCGGUGCAGUACGCGGCGCCAGCUGCGCCGCCCGCUGCCGUUGCGAACGGCGUAUCAGACGAGGAGAAGGUGCGGCGGCUGCUCGCGCGCAUAGCCACCAACGAGGGUCUGCUGAAGAUGCUGGCGGGCGAGAUGCGCGCUGUCGGGCUCUUGUAAGCGGUCGGAUUGAGCACUAUUCACAGGACGCGGGAGAUAAGCUUGGCAGUAUGGGCUUUGAGGCUGACGACCCCGUUGCUGAGUGGCAGGCGCCAAGCGCAUGAAGAUAGGGCAGCUGGUGCUGCGGGGUGCUGGGCAUAGCGGGUUUCUCCCCAUGCUAGGGCGCGGGCUCGGUGCCUUGAGAGGAGUCAGAGGGCAGGACAUCGUGCCUUGUACUGGUGCUUACUUUGGGGGCAUCGGAAGAUAGGAGAGCACUCGCCGCACGUGGGUGUCAGGAUGAGGGGUUGGCCGUGGGGUUUAGAAGGUGUUCCAGCAUGAUAAUACGCUGGAUGCCGAGUGAGAAUGUUGGAACUCUUGACAGAUUGGCUGUCCUCUGCAAAGGGCCCGUGGGAUGGUGGUGCUACUAUGCGCAACAGAUCACUCCGGUACUCGGUAAUGGUAAUGGCUGUGGCUGCGCAGCUCAACCAGCGUGCUUUACGAGUUUGCCAACGAACGAGGCUUUCGCUUACAACUCCUUGGGGGUGGGGUGGAAACGAUGAUGGGCUCGUGGUCUGGUGCGGUAUGCCGCAGCGAAAGAGGCUGCAUUUGCGUGUCAAAUGCGAUUGGCGCUGAGGGCCGGACGCAGUGUCGUGCGCGGGAAUCCCGUACCAUCCGUAUGAAAUACAUGCAUGUAAGUUUGUCAAUGC